GACAAAUGUAAACAUUUGUGCAGUUUCGUUUAUGGAUGUCUGCAUACGCACAGAGCUUCAUCGCAUUCGGUGUUGUGAGUGCGCUCCGUGUGUCGAACCGGUUUAGAGCGGCUGUUACUCCCGUCUUGGUGUCAAGGUUCUAUUUUAAUACAGACGGAUGGUUUUGAGUACAAUAUGAAGUGUAAAGGAAAAGUUAUAGUUGUAAUGUAGCUAUCAGUUAAUUACUAAGAGCGAAACAUAGAAUGCUUUUGUUAAGUAAGCAAGUAUAAUUCAGUUUUAUGUUAGGGGUAUGGGUGUUGUGUGAUAUGCAUGUGUGUGUUUACGUGAUACUACUGACAGAUAACCUGCAUCUCUCUCUUCUCUGUAAAAUUGUCUGUCGUCCACUGGGCGUAAUAGAUUUAUCAAAAGAACUCUGUCUCUAUAUCUGUUUGUCUCUGUCUCUCUCUCUCUCUCUGUCCUCGUCUUACCCACCCUCACACACUCGCACACAACCUGAAUCCUUCUCCCGGGACUUCAGCCUCGGCGUCAGACUGGUCCAGGCCGCAGUCCGGACCGCAUCACGCCUUGGAAGACCUUUGUACUACAGGAAAAUCGAAGUAAUUCACACGGUCUCUCGAUAAGGAUGCACGACUGAAGGCGUUUGUAACCUGCAGCGUUCCUCCGAGUCUUCUGCCAAGUGCCCUCAGGCGUGCCGCAAGGAUGCUGCUGUUUGCUCUGCUCAUUCUUAGCCACACUACGCAGGGUUUACCUAAUGCCGAUGACGUCACAAUCCCACCCUGGGCAUCCACUGAGAGUCAGCCAACAACGACCGAUGUACUACUAACUACAAGAGAUGAAGCUGAUGACUUGGGCAUACGAUUGCCUAGCUCCCUGAAACCACUCCAUUACCUGGUCAAACUCCAACCCUUUAUCAAUGGCAACUUUAGCAUCUUCGGCUACAUGGAGGUGGAGAUGGAGGUGCUGGAACCGACCUCGAAAAUCACGCUCCACAUGGCCGACAUCAUCACUAAAAACGACACAAUAAAGGUGUAUACUCCUGGUCAAGCGACAGGCCAAGGUGUAAGGAUCAUGAAGCAUGAGUACGAUCAUAGUCGUCAGUUUUAUAUCGCCCAUCUGACGAAAGAGCUGCAGAAGGGAAGGAAGUACAUUCUCUCCAUGGAGUUCCUUGGUUAUCUCAAUGAUAAGCUGCAUGGGUUCUACAGGUCGACCUACAUGGAUGCUGACGGCAAUGCCAGGAACGUUGCUGUGACACAGUUCCAGGUCACUGAUGCCCGCAGAGCCUUCCCUUGCUUCGAUGAGCCUGCCCUGAAGGCGAUCUUUGAAAUUCACCUCGCAAGGGAAUCUUGGAUGACGACCCUCUCCAACAUGCCCAUUGCCGAAACUAUGCCUGUCGUCGGGCAAGAGGGCUGGGUGUGGGACCGUUACGAGAAGAGUGUUCCCAUGUCCACUUACCUCGUCGCCUUCGUUGUGUCGGAUUUUGUUCAAAUCAACACCACAGUGAAUGACAACGUGGUACUUCGAGUGUGGGCGCGACGAGAGGUCAUAGAUCAGGCAGAGUAUGCAAUGAAGAUUGGCCCCAAGAUCCUGAGCUUUUUUGAAAAGUAUUUCAACGUGCCUUUUCCUCUCCCGAAGAUGGAUAUGGUUGCAUUACCCGACUUCUCUGCAGGAGCCAUGGAAAACUGGGGUCUCAUUACUUACAGAGAACAGUACCUCAUGUACAUUCCGGAAGUGUCAACCCCAGAAUCAAGAGCAUCUGUGACUGAGACAAUAUCCCAUGAAUUGGCUCAUCAGUGGUUUGGGAACCUGGUUACUCCCAUGUGGUGGGACGACCUCUGGCUUAACGAAGGAUUUGCUACCUAUAUAAGUUUCCUUGGUGUGGAUCAUGCAGAGCCAACAUGGAAAGUACUGGAAACAUCAAUCAUCCAAGGAAUUCAUGGUGUGUUCAGUCUUGACAGUCUGGAGUCAUCACACAAGAUCAGCGUUAGUGUCAAUCACCCUGACGAAAUCGCCGAAGUCUUUGAUGGUAUAUCCUAUCAAAAGGGAGCGUCUAUCAUCAGGAUGAUGACCCAUUACCUCACUGAAGCAACAUUUAGGAAGGGGCUGACCAACUACCUGAAAGCACUUGCAUACAAGAAUGCAGUGCAAGAUGACUUGUGGAAAUAUUUAACACUGGCGGCUCACGAGGAUGGCAUUCUACCCCAGGACAUGACUGUUAAGAUGAUCAUGGACACGUGGACGCUGCAGAAGGGCUACCCUGUCAUCCACGUUAAAAGAAGCCUGGAUGGAACCUCCGCCAUUUUGACACAGGAACGUUUCCUUGUAGAAAGGAGCACAAACUCUUCCAACAGCACGGCUUACAAGUGGUGGGUGCCGCUGACUUACACGACCCAGAGUGAGGCCAACUUUAACCAGACUCAAGCCAAGUUAUGGAUGAAGGACUCUGAGGAUUACAUCAUCGUCUUAUCCCUUCCACCCACAGACCAGUGGGUCAUCUUCAACCUGCAGGAGACAGGCUACUACAGAGUCAACUACGACGACCACAACUGGAAUCUUAUUAUCCAGCAGUUGAAGAAGGACCACCGGGUUAUUUCCCCCAUCAACAGAGCCCAGAUAAUCAAUGACGCUAUGAACGUUGCUAAAGCUGGCCGUCUCAAUUACGAUAUCGCCAUCGGUGUGUAUGCAUAUCUACGAAAUGAAGAGGAAUAUCUACCUUGGGCUACAGGUGUCAGUGAGCUCACUUACAUAGAGAGAAUGUUCAAACGGACAAGCGGAUACGACGCACUUAAGCGAUACCUCCUGGAUUUAGUGUUGGCGCUCUAUGAAGCUGUCGGGUUCGAUGACAAGAUAGAGGAUCCUUACUUAGAGCAAAAAAAGAGGAAGAUAGCUGUGAACUGGGCUUGCAAACUGGGCCACAAGGACUGUCUCGGCAAGGCGCUCACUCUCUACAGGCAGUGGAUGGGAAAUGCAGACAACACAAGCCUUAUUUCGCCAAACCUCAAAUGGACGGUGUACUGCCGCGCCAUAGAGGAGGGCGGGGAGGCCGAGUGGGACUUCGCGUGGGACCAAUACCUGCGGACCAACGUCGCCAGUGAGAAAAAUCUCCUUCUCGCCGCCAUGGCCUGCACUAAAGAAGCUUGGAUCCUGUCUCGGUACCUUGAGAUGGCCAUUAACCCAGUCAGUGGCAUAAGACUACAAGAUGUUGGUAACGUAUUACAUAGCAUCAGUUACAAUGACGUGGGACGCUCCUUGGUAUGGAACUACCUCAAGCUUAACUGGAACGAUAUCUACACGUUCAAGAAGAGGAGGAGAGGAGAAUUAAUGGAGAGCAUAACAUACAACUUCAAUACAAAACAGCAACUUCAGGAGGUCCAGUCGUUUUUGAGGAGUAGCAAGGUGUCUUUAGAAGGGAACCAGAAGAACGUCCAGCAAAUCGAAGAGAAAAUCAGAAACAACAUCGCCUGGAUGGACGCCAAUUAUGACGUCAUAGUCCAAUGGCUGGAGGAGAACGGUUACUCCUCGAAACUCAGGAUUACAUAAUUUUAUCUUCUAUCUUUGUUUUUUGUUAUUAAUUAUUGUAUUUGUUUUUAUUACACACACACACACACACACACACACACACACACACACACACACACACACACACACACACACACACACACACACACACACACACACACACACACACAUAUUAUUAUAUGUAUGUUCUGGACUGUUAUACUCCACUUCGUUGGUAUUCUUAUAUAUUUUGGAACUUUAUCUAAAAAUUAUUGUGCUUCCUUUUUGUUUUUUUGUUUAAAGGGUUAGUUCAUGUAAUAAACAUUGGGUUAUUAUUAUGCUGGGUUAUUAUUAUUAAGGUCAAUAACUACUUAAUUUGCAACGGCCUUGUAGGAUAUAAGUAGAGUCGGUCCAGGCAACUUCGAUGCCACCAGGGGGCGCUGGCAUACUGGCGGCUGCAACUGGGCUAAGCUUGCGAUAUCGUGGCAGAGAAGUUGAUGGAACUGCAUUCACCUUUACCUUAACCGAUAGCUGCUAGACUAUGAAACCCUACUGACCUACUGCUACCUACC